AUGCCGAAGCAGCAAGUUCUCGAUCUGCACCCGGCAGGGUGGGAGUCUGAUCCGGCAGAUGAAUACUUCCGGGUCUCGACGCUUGACUACUGCGUCCCCCAGGUCUACAUGGCCUGCGCGCUGCUAUUUCGUCUGCCAGAUGACCGGAAGGCUGAUGUCGUGGCCGUACUCAAACGUGGCCUGGAAAUUACCCUGAGACAAUGCCGCCCGCUCUGUGGGUAUCUCGAGAAGCAUCCGGACGGAGGCGGAUCGCUUUGUUUCCACAAGACGAAAGAAAGCACCGUCGAGUUCCACGUCCAGUGGCUUGACGGGCCAGAGGACGAUUCUCCAUCGUUUGAAGAACUUGAAAGCCGCUACUUCACAACGCAGGCUCUGGGCGAUGUCAACCGAUGGUGUGUUGCGCCUAUGACGUACGGGGAGAAACCCGAGGCCGAGCCGCGGAACAGGCCGAAAGCAGCUGCCUUCAAGGCCACCUUCAUCAAGGGCGGUCUAGUAUUUGUCACACACCAUCACCACUACGCAAACGACGUUAUGGGCUUUUCGGGAGAGCUACACCAACUCGCUGAUAACUGCUCAGCAGUCUGGAACUCUCGAGACCUGCCGCCCUGGAACCCUGCAUGUCUGGAUUUGUCAAGGGCCACAAAGGAAGAUCUGCCUAAAGACCAGCUCAUCGACGGCCCCAGCACUCCGCUCAAGCAUCCGGAUCAUAAGCCGAGCCAGUUUGUUAUCUUCCAUCUGCCCAAGAGCAAGGCGGCCAAGCUGAGGGCUCUGGCGACUCCCGCAGAUGGAAGCUACUGGGUCUCGACUUACGAUGCUUGCACGGCGUACAUCUGGCGCGUUCUGACAAAGCACCGGGCGCGACUACAUGAGUCGGACCUUUCGCAAGCCCUGAUCUGGAGCGAGGCAGUCGACAUGCGCCGCCGUUUCCACGACCCUCCACUGCCAGCGCGCUUGCAGGGCAACUUCUUGUGUGGUCUGUUUGGCACGGAGAUCCCUGGACUGCCGGCCAUCACCGCUGCCCAGGUCAUAUCCGAAGAACCUCUCACAAAGCUCGCAUGGUAUAUCCGCCAAGUUACCAAUCACGCCACCCAGGAGACAAUGGAAGCAAUGCUCACAGCCAUCGCGCCGAUCCGCGACAAGACGGCGCUCGCGCUGCGAACCGACAGCCUGCCACCGCUUAGCAACUUUACGACGGAUUGGCGCGGCAGCAACCCAUACGAAGCAGACUUUGGGUUUGGGAAACCCCAGGCCAUGCGUUCGCCAGCCGAAAUAGUCUCGACGGGCAUGACUAUUGUGUACCCGCCCCGGAUUCACAACCCACCGGCCGGGAACGAUGAGGGCAGCGAACUCAAUAUCUGCCUCGAGACAGCCAUUCUAGAGGACUUGCUUGCGGACCCCGAGUGGACGGAAUUCUUCGAUUACAGGGGAGUAGAUAUCGGAUAG